AUGGGUUACAACGAGGCUACGAACGGGAUCAAGCCUACCAAAGGGAUCAAGUCCACCGAGGUACUUGAGACUCCUUUCGUCCGGCAGACAUCACAUCAAGAGAGGAAGACCAUCAUCGACAUGUACCUCGAAGACACUGCAUUCAACUCCGAGGUGAAGGCUACCGAGGAGUGGUGGAGAGGUGCUCGUUGGUCGGGCACGAAACGACCAUACACAGCCAGUCAGAUCUGUGCGAAGAGAGGCAACCUGAAGAUCGAGUACGCCAGCAAUGCCAUGAGCAGAAAGCUUUGGGAGAUGCUCGAGAAACGGUGGAAGGAAAAAGACGUCAGCUUCACUUUUGGGUGCAUGGACCCGGUCCAAGUCACACAGAUGGCCAAGUAUCUUGACACAAUCUAUGUGUCGGGAUGGCAGUCGUCAGCUACUGCUUCCUCAACCAACGAACCAUCUCCCGAUCUGGCCGAUUACCCAAUGGACACGGUUCCCAAGAAGGUAGACCAUCUUUUCAAGGCUCAGCUUUUCCACGAUCGCAAGCAACGCGAGGAGCGCCUGACAAGUACUCCAGACGAGCGUGGGAAGCUGGCCAACAUCGACUUUCUUCGACCAAUUGUGGCAGAUGCAGACACCGGACAUGGCGGCAUCACAGCUACCAUGAAGCUCACCAAGCUGUUCAUCGAGAAUGGCGCUGCUGGGAUCCAUGUCGAAGACCAAGCGCCGGGCACGAAGAAAUGCGGCCACAUGGGAGGAAAGGUAAUGGUUCCCAUCCGCGAACACAUCAACCGGCUCGUGGCCUGCCGCGCCCAGGCCGACAUGAUGGGAACUGACCUUGUCCUCGUCGCUCGGACAGACUCCGAGGCAGCUACACUUAUCAACUCGACCAUCGACGCCAGGGACCAUGACUUCAUCCUGGGCUCUACCAACCCAGAUCUGGAACCCUUGGCUGAUGUCCUCACCAUGGCCACAGUGACAGGUCGCAGCAGCAUCGAAGCUGCGGCCAUGGAGGCGCAAUGGCUUCAGGAGGCCAAGUUGAAGACUUUCAACGAUGCUGUCGUCGACGCCAUCCGGAGCGGCCAUGGUCCCGACAAAGACGCCAUGGUUGAUGAAUAUCUCAAGUCGGCUCAGGGCAAGUCCGUCCACGCCCGGCGCAUUUUGGCGAGGUCGAUGCUUGGCCAAGAGAUUUACUUCAGCUGGGACGCUCCUCGGACGUUGGAAGGGUACUAUCGAUACAGAGGUGGAUGCGAGUGUGCCAUUGUCCGAGCAAACGCAUUCGCUCCCUACGCAGAUCUGGUAUGGAUGGAAUCGAAGACGCCAGACUACAAGCAGGCCAAGCAGUUCGCGGACGGGGUGCACGCCGUCUGGCCGGGGCAGAAGCUCGCGUACAACCUCUCGCCGUCGUUCAACUGGAAGCGGGCCAUGUCGCCCGAGGAGCAGGAGACGUACAUCUCGCGUCUCGGGCGGCUCGGGUACUGCUGGCAGUUCAUCACGCUUGCCGGGCUGCACUCGACGGCGCUCAUGACGGACGGGUUCGCCAGGGAGUUUGCGAGGCGCGGCAUGCGUGCGUAUGGGGAGAUGAUCCAAGAGCCUGAGAUUGAGACGGGGUGCGAGGUGGUGCUGCAUCAAAAGUGGAGUGGGGCGAACUACAUUGACGAGAUGCUGAAGAUGGUUUCUGGUGGCGUCACCAGCACGGCAGCCAUGGGUGAAGGUGUCACGGAGACGCAGUUUGCAUGA